AAUUAGCACUUGAGGUCUACAGCAUCACAUUAAGUCUUACUUAAUUACAGCGCCCUUACGGAUAAGCUGUGGAUGUGAUAGGUUUUGGAAGAUAUUACAUUAGAGUCUGAGUGUCGUUAACUCUCAAGCAAAGACAGAGAGAAGCCAGGGAAAAAAAAACAGGCUAUAUGGUUCUUAAAUGUGUCUUUGUUCCUUUAUGGGCAAAGUGGGCCACACAAGCUGUCAAUCUUAAAAAAGAGCGCAUGAUGGAUCACUGAAUUCACUGCGCUGCUUUUUUCCUCUCCUACCACUCUGUCUGAUUCUGAGGAGUCUGUCUGCACGAAUCAUGUUGUCUGAAGCCCGGAGAAGUAUUUUGGUAACGAGCCAACACACAUUUUGACCAACCUUACAUUUAGACAAACAAAAAGCCAAUUUUCUCAUGUGUUCAUUUUUGUUUUGCCUACACUGAGAAUUAAGGGAAUUGAUGCACAGCAGGCAAAUAAAGUAAGUAAAACAGCAUAUAUGCAACAAAUAUAAAAAGGGUAACACAAUUAAAUUUAAAAAAAAAAUCAUAACUAGACUUAUUAUAUUGUAUUAUUACUUUUAUACGCCUUGAGUGACAUUCAGGUUCGGUCAAAAUAAUUUCCCAGUCUAUGAAGUAACGGCAGAUCAUUUUAAAGACAAUAAUAAUGCAUAUAUGUGCACUAUUAUUUGGAGGCUUUUAUUAUGAUAAGCAUAUAUAAUGCAAUCUUCUUCUUCUUAUUAUUAUUAUUAUAGACAUGAAGUAUAUUGUCGUUAUUUUUUUAUUAUUAUAAAUUUGCCAUUUUGAGCUCCUCUAACGCUGCGGCCAGAAAAUGUGUCCUGAUGUUUGUGUUCUUAUCAGAUGGAUGAGCGCGUUUGAUUGAAGCAUUUGUCAUGUAAAUACGAGCCGUUUGAUGGACGAGCCCGCAGACUUGACAGAGUGCUGUAGGUCUUUCGCCAUUGGCCGUUCAGCGGGUCACAUGGUGUGUCAGGAAGGUGAUAUGAGGGUGGAAGGCAGUUUUACAGCUUUGACAUACUACCUAGAAGGUUAGGGCAAAGGGAGCACCGAUUAAUGACUGCUCAGUCUUGAUCAGCUCUGAACAAACAAAAGGCCGAGGUCCAGGAUGAACUCCUACUUAGAAUAUCCAGUGUGUAACCGGGGAGCAAAUAUUUUCAGUGCCAAGGCCGGGUACCACAAUUUAAACCAUGGAUACAUGCCGUCCAACUCGUGCGCAACAAGUGAUAGUUACGCACCGGACGGCCGCUUAGUUGGUCCAACUUCUGCGCCCCACCAGACUCCGAGCCUCCCCCUGCACCACCAGACACACGUCAACCUGGACCUGCAGUUUUCAACACCGGGGAACUCCAUGUACGGGUCACCUCUGGAGUACGGACACCACCAGUACGGCCUAGCUUCCGAGCAGGACCGGAACUUCAUUCAUGCGCAAGUUUCACCCCUCGGAACAAACAUGCCCCCUUACCCCGGGGAAAGCUGUGGGCCUGGGGUUGCAACGGGGGGCCAGUAUCUACAUUUUGGAAACGGAGACCAGAGGCAGCAAGAAUAUCCGGAGAGUGUUUACACAAGGUUACCGCCUCAGAGUAAAGAGAAGGAUUUGGAGAAUGUGGAAGACGCUUCUAAAACGUUCGACUGGAUGAAAGUGAAGAGGAAUCCUCCCAAAACAGCGGUCCUAUCCGAGUUCGGGGUUCCCGGCCAGCACAACGUGAUCCGCACCAACUUCACUACCAAGCAGCUGACCGAGCUGGAGAAAGAGUUCCACUUUAACAAAUACCUGACGCGGGCACGGCGGGUGGAGGUCGCCGCGAGUCUGGAGCUCAACGAGACGCAGGUGAAAAUCUGGUUUCAGAACCGCAGGAUGAAGCAGAAGAAACGCGAGAAGCUCGGCUGCGUUUUGGUCAACACUCCCGCACCUGUGGAGAAACUCUCCGGCCCUGACACCUCUCCGAAGGAAAAGGGGAAAGACUCUGAACCAUAAUGUGACUUAAAAAUAUAUAUAUGACUGUGGGGGGCUUGUGCAGUUUUCCACAUCUUUCCCAUUCCAGAAAAAAAACUGUGAAAAAUACUUUUGGACUUGUCAGGUAUAUACAGGGUAUGUCUGUGUCUGCCUAUGUGCUUAUUUGAUCUCUGAAACGGAUGCUGAGAAUUAAAAAAUGUCUUUUCAUCCAGUCUUGUAUUUUGUAAUCUUCCUAUCAUAAGCCCAUGCUGUGUUUUGUGUUGGAGUACUGAAGUACUCAGUGUCAUUGUUUGCACUAUUUAUUUACAGGGUAUUUUCCAACAAGUGUUGAGAUGAUUUUGUUUAAUAAAGUCUAUAAAAUAAAAAAAGUUGUAUUUGCUGAGUAUGUAAAAAAGACAUGCUGAUACAUAAUUUGCUCCAUCCGACAAAGUUUUUUCUCUCAUUCUUAAAUUUUUAAAAUAAAUUGUUCUGAUUAUUAAGUCAUGCGACAAACUUCUUUUCUAUAUUUACUUCCAUUAAUAGUCUCACCAAUGUCCCCUUGCAUAAUGUGACAAGAGGAAUCUUUCACAACACAUGGGGUGGUUCCCAGUGACCUUUUCACCUCAGAAUACCUCCAGGGGCUCUAAACAUGACAACAAACUCCAGGGAGCCAGGUCUCACCCUUGAUUUGUUACCCAAAUUUUGCUUGGAUACAGUGACACAGGUUGCCACAGAAGUCCAUUUGUAUUUUACAUGAUUUAAGUUAAAUACUUUUUUUUAUUUUUUAUUUUACUUGUUUACCAGCCACAUUUUUCCUUUUAAAUCCAGAGGAGCGGAGUUGAUAAUUUAACACCUCAGUGCUCAUUUUGGCUUCACCUUUAGCUUAACGUUUGCCGGCCUGGCCACCUAGUUUCAUCUGAUGCUAAAGGGGCAGCAGUUUCAAUAUUUACACUGGGUGUUAGGUUUGCACACACAGUUUCUGCCCCAGCAGCAUUGGCCUGUUGGUGCCCUUUUUCCUAAAGCUGAGGUUCACACAGAGUUCAGGCACAAAUGAAUGCGGAGUCAAUCUGUCAAGACACCAGAGUGGCUCAGAGAAGUCGACUCCUGGCCUCUCAUGCUUUAGAUUUUUGCAGGUAUUGCUUUUAAUAUUUAAACUAAUAAGGUUAUAGACCAUUUAGCCAACACUGUAGACUGUGCGAACUUUAAACAGUUUUAGGCCUCUGAAAAACACGUUUCCAGGAAAUGGAAAUCGGCAAUCAUUUGAAAUAUAUCUGCAUGAGUAUGCAGUUCUCUCACAACUAUAUUAAAAAUUAAUACAGCUCCACGAAUAGAAGUUACAGUUGAAAUACCAUACGACCCAUUACUGUAAAUUAGAAAAGGGCCAAGAGGUUUGUUGUCAUGCAUUUUCUUUACAAGCCAAAAGCUUCCUCCUCAGAUGAGUCACAAGGCCAAGAACUGGGGAGGUGACAAUCGAUAUGGUGAAUAGUGACAGAUUCAACAACAAAAAAAGGGGACGGUGCAGAAAACAAGUGUGGGACUUCAUUCCAGAGGUGUGAUCCCUGCCAUCUCUGUGGGUAAUACCUCAGU